CUCUCUAUUCUCUCUCUGUUCUACGUCUUCUCUCAGUUGGACUGAGUCUGUCCGUGGCCCAGUUGCUGUACCACGGAGACGUGAUGUGGCUGAACCCAAACGAAGACCUGAGGGCUGCUAGAACCAGCUGGAAGAAAGGACAUGGACCUCUUGCAACCUGCUUUGUGUUUGCCUCUGCCGUUGUCCUGGUGUGUGUGGAGAAGAAACCAAAGAGAAAGAGCAGCAGCAAGAGUUUUGAGGUGGAAGUGGGAGUUGAGGACACAAAGUUCAAGAUUCUCUUACCUUCUGUCAACUGCUCUGUCCAUGACCUACCAGACUCUGAUGGAGUGACUGACAUGUGGCAGUUGAAGUACAGACUGUCUCCUCUGUCCAGCUCAUCUCCCUCCCUCAUAUCUCCCCUUCACACACCUUCUCACCACUACCUCUCCUACCUCUUACGGAGCCAGUCUAUGGAGCAGAAGGCAGCAAUGGUUCAUCUCAUACGUCAGUCAAUUGGAGAGCUUCGAGACACAGCGACAACAAGUGGCAGCAGCUCUCCACUUCCCCUCCACACCUCCUCCCCACUGGCACACCCUCACAACUCGCACCUCAGUUCCUACUCUCCCUCCCACAGACACCCUCUCCUCCCUCCCUCACACUCCUCACCACGUCACACUCGUCCCAGGUCGAACUCUCAGCCACACCUCCAAAACCUCACCCCCUCUCCACACCCCUCACCACUGGCACACUCUCACCAUCUCCCCUCCCUCACUGAUCUCACCAAACACGGAUAUAACUAAUAACAUGUUUUAUUGCACAUAUCUAUCUAUAUACUAUGUUGUUGACUUGUAACACAUUGCUUGUGCAUAGCUAUAAUGUUCCACGCUUGGUUUCUGCUACAUGCAGUCUCAGCACUACUUUACAUACAGUUCAAUGAACUCUAUUGGAGAGCCAUGGAUGUCCAACCAACACAGUCUGGCCUCUAUAGGGUCAGAGGUGGGGCUGGGGAGUGUCUUAGUGAAGUAUGGAGGAUUGUUGAAUGAGCAACAGCUACUGCUGCUACCACAGCCUUCACCAUCCCAGAGAGGAUCAUCUGGAUAGAAGCUGUUAGUAGGUGUCCCUGGGUAAUGAAUUUCUGAUUCACAGAAAUAGUCUCCAGCCACAAAUGGUGGGACAGUAAUGUUGAUGCUAGCAUCACAAGGACAUACAUCAUCCCGAGAGGGUGUGGUCUCAGAAAAACCAGCAGCAAAUGUCCAGAUGUGUUGUCGUGGAUUGCCGUGUGUGAGACUGACACCAGAAACAUAGGCUCCUUCUAUUGUGGUCACAUGUCCACGAUGGUAAGCCUCAAAUGCAUCGGUGCGACCAUACUGGUAGGCUCUGAUAGAGCCACACACACUAGUGUAGUCUCCUCCACUGACAGGGAACAAGACUGAGUCACAGGAGAGAAUGCUGGUGUUAACUCUACCACAGGUCCUCUUGGAGUAACUAGUGAGCUGCCAGCCAGAGGGACAGUUGGUGUUGGUGUCUGUCAUGUUCAGGUAGACCACACGUCUCCAACCUCCUGUUCAUCCACAUUUAUAUGGGGGUGUGGGUCCAUACACCUGUCCAAGUAUGUAGUCAGCAGUCUUCUUCAGUUCCUUUGUAACAUCGGUCAGUACAUUCCGCUCCAGUUCAGAGUGCACUGCCAUACUGAGAC